AUGAAGCUUUUUACUUUCAUUACCACGGCGUUGUCGCUGACUUCCCUGGUUAGCGCGGCAACCUUCUCAAACCCACUGAAACCGAAAGAUGGCUCUGAUCCUCACAUUGUAUACACAGGCGGUUAUUAUUAUUUGAUGACAACGACUUGGACUAAUUUGCAAAUCACUCGGGCUACCACUCUCGAAGGACUCAAGAAAGGAGAAACCAAAAUUGUCUGGACCGACAAAACUGCCAGUAGAUGCUGCAAUAUGUGGGCGCCUGAGCUUCAUUAUUUUGAUGGACUCUGGUAUAUCUACUAUACCGCUGGCACCUCAGCCGAUCUUAACGGGCAGCGUCCCAAUGUUCUCAAAGGUGGUGCUACACCUUUUGACAGCUACAGCCAUCUUGCUACAUUAAUGAACACUUGGGGAAUUGACGGCUCCAUCCUCCGCACCACCUCUGCCAACUACUUUGUCUAUUCCUGCUUUAGCAGCGCCGGGCUCCAAUCGCUCUGUAUCGCACCACUUAAUUCGCCAGGCUCAGUUGGAGCCACCACUGUUAUAUCCCAGCCUACGAAAUCCUGGGAGACUGUUGGAAACCCAGUUAAUGAGGGGCCAGUUGCAAUGUACUACGGUGGAAAGACUUAUCUGGCAUACAGUGCGAGCGACUGCUGGACCGCCAGCUAUCAGCUGGGGCUCCUGACCUGGAAUGGCGGGGACCCAACUAAAGCCGCAAGCUGGGUGAAGACUGGGCCAUUUUUGACCUCUGCAAACGGAAAUUAUGGCGCAGGUCACAAUGGAUUUUUCCAGAGCCCAGAUGGAACUGAGAUCUGGAACGUAUACCAUGCGGAUGCCAACAGUGCUGGAGCGUGUGAUGGGACGAGAUAUACAAUGGCACAAAAAGUAAACUGGAAUUCUGAUAACACGCCAAACUUUGGAUCUCCUGGAGCACUGGGGACCAAAAUCACUGGGCCGUCGGGAGAAUAG